AUGGGAAAGAUCACCUUCUACGAGGACCGGGGCUUCCAGGGCCGCUGCUACGAGUGCAGCAGCGACUGCCCCAACCUGCAGCCCUACUUCAGCCGCUGCAACUCCAUCCGCGUGGACAGCGGCUGCUGGAUGCUGUAUGAGCGCCCCAACUACCAAGGCCACCAGUACUUCCUGCGGCGCGGGGACUACCCCGACUACCAGCAGUGGCUGGGCUUCAGCGACUCCGUGCGCUCCUGCCGGGCCAUUCCUUGCACCAGCUCUCACAGGAUAAGGCUGUACGAGAGAGACGACUACCGGGCCCUGGUGUCUGAGCUCGCUGAAGACUGUUCCUGCAUCCACGAUCGCUUCCGGCUCAAUGAGCUGCACUCCCUCCAUGUGCUGGAGGGCUGCUGGGUCCUCUAUGAGCUGCCCAACUACCGGGGGCGCCAGUACCUGCUGAGGCCGGGGGACUACAGGCGCUACCACGACUGGGGGGCCAUGGAUGCCAGGGUGGGCUCUCUGAGACGGGUCAUCGAUUUGUACUAG